CCUGUUUCUGAAAUAAUACUUCCGGGUUCAGGUCUAUGUUAUAUUAGCAAGAAACCUCUGCGAAAAACGAUGACUUCAUUUAGCUGGAAUAGGAAGAUUGGGGAGAAGGUUUCUAAGGCAGCGGUGCAGCAGUUUGAGGCAGAAUCAGCAAAGGUGGAAGAUAACAUGGAGCUGGAAGGAGUAGAUUGGCUGCAUGCAAUCAAGCGCAGGCGUGAGGUACUGCUGGAGAACUGUGCAGCCAAGAGUAAGAGACUGAAGGAUGAGGGAGCACUGUUGGCUGAGCAAAGCAGAUAUUGGGAAGCAGUGAAGAAAUGGGACGAGGCCAUUCAGCUAACUCCAGAAGAAGCUGUCCUAUAUGAGAUGAAAUCACAGGUUCUGACCAUACUUCAGGAGGUCUUCCAUGCAGUACAGGCAGCUGAGAUGGCAGUCAAACUUCGUCCUAUGUGGUGGGAGGCAUGGCAGACUUUAGGUCGUGCCCAACUAAACCUUGGUGAGGUAGAGCUUGCUGUACGUUCCUUCCAGGUGGCACUGCACCUGAACCCAUUAGCAUGCUCCUUGUGGGAGGAAGAUUUGAGAUGGGCGCUGCAUCUGCGGGAAGAGAAACGCGCUGUGCAGCAGAAAGCCAGGCAAGAUGAUCAGACGCAAGGACUUAUGGACGAAGCCCCAGAGCUGCAACAAGAUUACGGGGACUUUGAGUGUGAUGAGGUCAUAGCUGCCUGCACAGCCAUAGCAGACCGCCAGAAGAGAUAUGAAGAGUUAAAGAGGAAUGUCAUUGUGGAUGUGCAAGAUGCAAUGGUAGUCAGGAAUUCUGACAUAAAUGCUUCAAAGUAUAUUUUGGUUAAAGCAAGAAUAAUAUAAGAAGUGACAUUUUGUUGAAUUAUCUUUAUUUUUUAGAGAAGUAUGCAUAGAGGAUAAUUUUUUCUUUGGAGUUAUUAUAGUGUACAAACUGUAUUGGAUCACUAGUCUCUAAGGGCACUGGCUCAGUUUGAGCCUCGCAGCUUAGUUCACAUUCACAAAAAUGUCAUCUGCAACCCUAAAUGCUUGUCAUGUUUGGUUAACUUCCUGUAUUUGGGUCACUUCAGGGUCAAAUCACUUACUCACUACAAUCAAACUGUGCUACUGAACUACACCAUAUCAUACAGUCUCAGAAUAUUUUGUUUUGCAUCUGAGUGCAACUGUGUUCUCACCUGCCCAAAUGAAUAUACCAAGAGGUAAAACGCAACAGGGUUCAAUUCAAACAAACUAAACACUGCACUGCUUAAAUCAGCUCAUUCUACCCUGAUUCAUUAGGCAUGUUUGUGUAAUGUGAUGUAUGUAUGU